UUGUUUAAAGUGGUGUUCAUAUCUAUUUUUUAAUGCAAACAAAUUCAUAUUUUGGGAUUACCAAGUAGAAUUUUUCUUCUACAAUAUUCAUUAUUGUGAUUUUUUUUUUUUUGAUAGUAAAAUGGAUGACAUAUAUGAAUCUGAGAUAUCCCUUGAUGUCAUCUAUCAGAAUGCAACAAAAGCUGUUGAAAUAAAUGAAGAAAGAAAGGGAAUUUAUUAUCAACAGAAUAGGCCGUUAGACAGAGAAAUUCAACCAGAUCAGACAGUUACAUAUAUUUGUACUCAACAGUUUAGAAAUAUGAUGGAAAGUGACAUACUAAAGGAAAAAACAAUUACCAGAAGUAAAUUCUGCCAACAAAAUCCUUCUAAUGGCAAAAGUCUUGCCCCCAAAGAAGAAAUAAGUUAUAACAUAUCAAUAGUGAAACCUGGAGAGUUUGUGGCAAGUGAAAGCAAGAUGAUAACAACAGCUGAAGGGAAAAGUGGGGUCAUAAAGAAGAGGUAUUUUUAUCAACAAAGUGAACCACGAGCUAGACUUUUGAGUGCACAGCAGGAGAUUAUGUUACACCUCCCACUUGCACAACCUUUAAGCCUUGAAAUUGGACCAGUGUUACAUGAGCCUUUUGCCCUUCGGAGGCCAGAUCAAAAGGAAUUAAUAACCUUCAAUAUUCCAAGGGUACCUUGUGUACUUAUAGAAAACAUGGCAGUUGAAUACAUUGAUCAUUUUGAACAGCACUCACGAAAGGAUAAACAACUGGAAGAAUAUCGACCAGUCAUUUUCCUAAGUUCCAAAAAAUACGAUACUACCUUUGACAAGCUUGCAAAUAUGCCCAUUUCUAAACCACCAGAGAAGAAAUCCAAACCAGUUACAAGACUGUCUAAAUUCUACAGAUGCUGUGCUAGAGAUAAGAAGACUGUGGCAUGACACCAAAUGACCAGAAUGAGAUACUACAUAAUAUAGGAACCAAAACCUACCGAAAGGGACAAUCCCAUUAUAUCCCAAAAUAUUUACUACAGUAGAUGUCUUUCUUCAAUUAUUGCAAAUUUCAGAAAGAGAAGUGCCAAUAUGAAAGCAAAAAGAAGUCUAUAGUGUUGAAUUAUUUCGGGUGUUUAUAUUUUCAGCCAUUAUAAAAAAAAAAGAAAAUAACAAGAACAAUUAUCAAAUAAACACCAAAGAGAAAAUGUUAAAAUUAUAAAGAAAAUCUAUAUUUAAUUAUUAUUUUAUAAAAUUGAAGAUGGCAAACUGGCAGAACCAUUAGCCUGCCUGACAAAACCACUUAGCAGCAUUUUGUCUGUCUUUGCUUUCUGAACUCAAAUUCUACCAAGGUUGACUUUGCCUUUCAUCCUUUUUGCGUCGAUAGAUUAAGGACCAGUCAAGUACUGUGGUUGAUGUAAUCAACUUACACUCUCCUCCAAAUUGCUGGCCCUGUGACAAAGUGUGAAACCAUUAUUUUAAAAAAUUACUUAUCCUAUUUUUCGUUAACAUCCUAAAGGAUAAUGUUAAUGUUCAAGUACUGACCCAAACCACCAGACUCCUCUACUGAACACACACAGCUACAUGGUCUCAGGUUCAGUCUCACUAUGUGGCAUCUAGGGCAAGUGUCUUCUACUAUAAUCUCAGGUCAAUCAAAGAUUUGUGAGUGGAUUUGGAAGUAUCCUCUGUUGUUAUUUGGAAGGCUCCUCUGUUGUUAUCACAUCUGUCUAGGAGAGGGAAACUGAGAGAAAACCUGCAACACUGACAAUAUUCGAUGAAGGAGACUAAUUCGAAUAUUUUUGUAAUGUGUAAUUCAAAUGGAAAACAAAAUAAAUAUACAAAUCCUCCUGA